AAAUCAAAGUUGCACGCUGAGGACACACGACACCCACAAGUAAGUUGGAAGGAACCAAAUUCCCAAUUUUCUUUAAUUAUCUGUGUCAAACCAAACCUCAUCCAUGGCGUCUCUUCUCCGCUGCAACGGCCUCUCCAUCUCCCCCUUACCUCCGCAACCCACGCGCCACCCCAAAUCCAUUGUCCCCCCAACCCUAAACAUCAAACCCCCAAAACCUUCGCGCCACGUUACGGUGCGCGCCGAGGUGAAAGAGACCGCCGCAACCGCCACUUCCUCCGACGAGAAGAUCCGUGAAAUCCUCCGCAACCGCGAUUAUGAUAAGAAGUUCGGAUUCAGCAUAGACAUCGAUUCCUUCUCGAUCCCUAAAGGCCUCUCCAAAGAAACUAUUCGACUGAUCUCGUCCCUGAAAGAGGAACCUCAAUGGAUGCUGGAAUUCCGAUUGAAGGCAUUUGAGAAAUUCCUGUCCAUGAAAGUCCCUACCUGGUCCGACAACAGCUACCCUCCUAUCGAUUUCCAGGAUAUCUGCUACUACUCGGCUCCCAAGAAGAAACGCUCUCUGGAAUCCCUCGAAGACGCCGAUCCCGAACUCCUCCGCUACUUCGACAAGCUCGGCGUUCCUCUCAACGAGCAGAAGCGUCUCGCCAACGUCGCCGUCGACGCCGUCCUCGACAGCGUCUCCAUCGCCACCACCCACCGCAAAACCCUCGAGAAGGCCGGGGUCAUAUUCUGCUCCAUCUCCGAGGCUAUUAAGGAGUACCCCGAGUUAGUCCGCAAGUACUUAGGGAGGGUCGUGCCCUCCGAUGACAACUACUACGCCGCGUUGAACUCCGCCGUCUUCAGCGACGGGUCGUUCUGCUACAUUCCCAAAGACACCAAGUGCCCGAUGCAGAUCUCCACCUACUUCAGAAUCAACGCGCUGGAAACGGGGCAGUUUGAGCGGACUUUGAUCGUUGCCGACGACAGGAGCUUUGUGGAGUAUUUGGAAGGGUGCACUGCGCCGUCCUAUGACCGGAAUCAGCUCCACGCGGCGGUGGUGGAGUUGUACUGUGGGGAGGGGGCGGAGAUAAAGUACUCCACGGUGCAGAAUUGGUACGCUGGGGAUGAGAAUGGAAAAGGUGGAAUUUACAAUUUCGUGACGAAGAGAGGAGUGUGUGACGGGUCGCGGUCGAAGAUAUCGUGGACGCAGGUGGAGACGGGUUCUGCGAUCACGUGGAAGUAUCCGAGUGUUGUGUUGGAGGGAGAUGAUAGUGUUGGGGAGUUCUAUUCUGUUGCUUUGACGAAUAACUAUCAGCAGGCUGAUACGGGGACCAAGAUGAUACACAAAGGGAAGAACACAAGGAGUAGGAUUAUCUCCAAGGGUAUAUCCGUUGGACAUUCCAGGAACUGUUAUAGAGGGCUGGUUCAGGUUCUGUCCAAGGCGGACAAUGCGCGAAACUCAUCGCAGUGUGACUCCAUGCUUAUUGGGGACAAUGCAGCUGCCAAUACCUAUCCUUACAUUCAGGUGAAAAAUCCAACGGCAAGAAUUGAACAUGAAGCCAGUACAUCUAAAAUUGGAGAAGAUCAACUGUUCUAUUUUCAGCAAAGGGGAAUAGACUAUGAAAAGGCAAUGGCCGCAAUGAUCUCUGGCUUUUGCCGUGAUGUCUUCAAUGAGCUUCCUGAUGAAUUUGGUUCCGAGGUGAACCAACUCAUGAGCUUGAAGCUUGAGGGCUCGGUAGGUUAAACAGUUUGUUAAGCACAUUAUUUGGAAUUUGCUCAGGCCAUUUGUUCUUGAAGUUGUACAAGGCCAUAGAGGUGCUGCAUUCCGAAGGAUGUGUACAUGCUGUAUAUAGAUGUUGUCUUCUAGUUUACCACAAAAGGGCCCUCAAGCAUUACCAAUUUUCUACCUUAAUAAGUAAUCACUGUAAUCCUAUAAUUUUGUUUUGUGGAUUUACUCUGGAUUACCACUUGUUUAAUAUAAAUCAGUGUUUUAGAGGUA